CAUGGGAAAGUCUCUUUCUCAUUUGCCUUUGCAUUCGAAUAAAGAAGAUGCUUAUGAUGGAAUCACAUCAACUGAAAAUAUGAGAAAUGGAUUAGUUAAUAAUGAAGUCCAUAAUGAAGAUGGGAGAAAUGGAGAUGUUUCUCAGUUUCCAUAUGUGGAAUUUACAGGAAGAGAUAGCGUCACUUGCCCCACUUGUCAAGGAACAGGAAGAAUUCCCAGGGGGCAAGAAAACCAACUGGUGGCAUUGAUUCCAUAUAGUGACCAGAGAUUAAGGCCAAGGAGAACAAAGCUGUAUGUGAUGGCUUCUGUGUUUGUCUGUCUGCUCCUUUCUGGAUUGGCUGUAUUUUUCCUUUUCCCUCGCUCUAUCGAUGUGAAGUACAUUGGCGUAAAAUCAGCAUAUGUCAGUUAUGAUGUUCAAAAGCAUACAAUAUAUUUAAAUAUCACAAAUACACUAAAUAUAACGAACAAUAACUAUUACUCUGUUGAAGUCGAAAACAUCACUGCUCAAGUUCAGUUUUCAAAAACAGUUAUUGGAAAAGCUCGCCUAAACAACAUAACCAAUAUUGGUCCACUUGAUAUGAAACAAAUUGAUUACACAGUUCCUACUGUUAUAGCAGAGGAAAUGAGUUAUAUGUAUGACUUCUGUACAUUGAUAUCCAUCAAAGUGCAUAACAUAGUACUCAUGAUGCAAGUUACUGUGACAACAACAUACUUUGGCCACUCUGAACAGAUAUCCCAAGAGAGAUACCAGUAUGUCGACUGUGGAAGGAACACCACCUAUCAGUUGGGGCAGUCCGAAUAUCUCAAUGUACUUCAGCCACAACAGUAAAAACUAAAGUAGAUGCAUCUGGAGAAGAAACCUAUUGAUAUUUUUUGAACUCUUAAAAGAGGAACUGCUUCCAAAUAGGUGAUCUUAAAUUGAGCAAUCCUAAAGUUUGCACUACUGUUUUAAUAGUACAGUUAAAAGUAGGUGGACUUGCACUUAUUGCAGCUCUUUAACCCUGUGUUAAUGAUAUAUUUGUCCCAGGAUCUUUUAUUUGAAUAUAAACUUACUGACAUCCACCUCUCCCCAAAGGGAAAACAGACUUCCCAGUAGUAUAGUAAAUAAUUAUUUAACAGUCAUAGCUGUAAUCACUACUGAAAUCAUAAUUUUGGUGACAAACAUACUUUGAGAAACUUCAUUUCUGAAUGUUUUUAUAGGAAAUUAUUGAGAGCCUAUUAUUCAUGGAAGACUUUUCAAGAAUAACCUUUUUUUCUUUUUUAUAAAUUUCAUUGUUACAUUGUAUUGUUUCAACUAACAAUAUUUUAGCUUUUAGCUAAAUGUUUGUAGCUCAUUUGUUGAAAUUCUAUUCAUUUGCAUGUUUUUGAGUCUUAUUUCAAGCUAGUGAUUGCAUAACACUUACCAAAAUAAUCUUUGCAGAAUUCUGUACCUAAAAUUUGUAAAAGUCACUAAAUAAUGUGUUCCACAUGUCUUUCUAUAUUAUUAAUAGUGAUAGUUUCAUGAAAUUUUUAUGUGACAUUCAAACAUAGUCAUUUAAUGUAUAAUAUUGUAAAUAAACUGCAUGGCUUUUAUACAGCUUUAAUAAAUGUCAAAUAAAGUGGUACAGAUUCAAAAUCAAAGCAAGUUGCUCAUCUAAAUAAAAUAGGAAAAAAUUUCAGAAAUCUAUAGAAUGUGAAUAGGUUCCAAUUAUAUUUUGGAUCUGGCAUAAAAAAGAUUUAAAAUAAAAUAUGAUAUUCCACUUUUAUGUUGCUUUUCGUACUAAAGAAUGGUGUAGACACUUUUGACAUUAUUAUGUACUCAGUUGUUCAUAUUAGGAAUGUAUUAGAGAAGGAAGUUAUCUCAUUAAUAGCAGUUAUUCAGGAAAUCUUGCCAUUAAAUGAUGGUGGCUAUAUUAAAAUAAAAUCUGUAUUAAGGUUCUAAAAUUUCAUUGCUUUGCACAUGACAUAAAUAUGGUGCCUCUAGAAGGUACAUUUUUAAAGUUUUCUACUUUUUGUUUUAAUUUUACUUAGAAUAUUAGAUUGUCAGAAAAGUCACAAUGUAUUUUUCUAUGUAAAAAACGCAUCAUGACUUUACUGACAACCUAGUUUCCAAGUAUAAACGGUUGACUUCUUCACUUUGCUGUUCUAUAUUUUCAAUACUAUUUUUUAUUUGAUCUUUUUCAUUUUCACUUACCAUGUUCUGAGUUCCUUUUAAAUACAUACCACUAAACAUAGGAACUGAGUAUGAUACCAAAAAAGUAAGUGGGUUGAGGUUAAUUUCUUCUAUUCCUUAGUGACAGAAAUCAGGUUUCCCUUCCUUACCCUCAAGUGCCUAACUUAAGUCUGAAAUAGCUUCUUUACCAUUCUGACUCUCUCAACUAUAAAAUAAACUUUUUAAAAUUAUUUAAUUUUGCUUUUGAACCUUAACUUUCAUUUUUUCCUAAUUUUCCUGGGUGAACAUUAUAAAUGAUGAACUGUGCUUUUUUUCCCCCCUUGUUUUACCACUUAGCCUUUCCUUAAUCCAUUUCUGACUAAGCCACCCUUAUUGUUAAACCCAAACCACCCCCUUUGAAGUCAUUAUUGACUCUCUAAUCUAGCCCAGUUUUUUAUCUUGGUUUCUUUUCUAUUAAGUUUUCUGACUGCUCCCACUCUCCCUGUAACUGCACACUUCUCUUAACAUUGAUUAUGUUCAUGUUUUUCAAAUCAUCCUCAUUUCAUUUUUCAUCAUUCCCUCAUGUUGACAGGACCUGUUGUCUGUAUAUGACCUAUAUUUCCUUUUGCUUCAAAAUUUCUAAAAUACCAUGACUUCAAAAGUCACUAAUACCUUCAGUAGGAUUUUGAAGUCUGUUUUUCUAUACUUGAGCAGUCACUUAUCUAAUUGCACCUCUCGUGAUGAAAUAGAGAAAGGGUAUUUUAAUAACGACAUGUCACAUCAAGAAAUGGUAUUCUUUCUGUUUUGAUCCCAAUUCUGUUCUCUUACUUCAGAAUUGCUAUUUGUUUCUUCAAAAUCAUGUUUCAGCUAUGCCUCAUACAAAAAUCAAUCCUUAUUUAUCUUUUUGGUUUGUGUCUUUUAACUUUGAAAAAUUGCAUAGUGUAAAUUAAUCAGACUUUUCUGUUGUUUUGUAGAUCUUUUUACUUAAAAAUAAAUAAUAUUUCCUAGAUAGGCAAGGAGGUAGAGGAAAACAUUUGCUUUUAGUGACUUAAUUUUGAAUCUCUUUUCUUAACUUUUAAAUUAAGACCUUUUAUUAGAUCUAGUUUCAGUGAAGUUGGAGUCAGAAAAAAAAUAUAAAAAAGAAGCUAGUAGGAGAAAAGUAGAUUGCUUAUGACUACUUUCAGAGGAAGGUCAAUAUUGGGUUGUUGGGAAAGUCAUGAUACAAUUUUGCAUAGAAAAGCAGAAAAAUAUGUCAUGACUUUCCUGAUGAUAUAAUAAUUGCCAUAGUAAGCCUGCUUACAAAACAGGCUAUAUAUAUUGGUAAAACUACAAAAAAUUAAUUCAGGUGAAGCAGACAUAUAGCCAUAAAAAAAAAAAAAAAAAAAAGAAAUCUGGAAAGAAUGAAGGUAGCUUUUAGCUUUUCGUAGGUCAAAGUCCAGUGUGGUUGGUUUCCCACAUGAUUCAAUAGGCAUCGGUAAGUUUUUUUCAGCUGCUCUCAGACCUUGUCCAGAAGACAUGGUUAAAUUGUCACACCAUUUUUUUCCUUGACAUUUCAUCACUUUCUCUCAAAUUACACUCUGGUAGAUUGGUCAUUUUUACCAAAUCCAAUACUGUAACAAGCCUCUGUGUUGUUUUGUAUAUGGCCCUUUCACAGCUCUUUCAUUUGUUGUUCUUACCUAAGUUUGCACAGUCCUACCAGUCAGACAAAGGAGGGUGACAGGAUCUUCAAUCUUUAUGAGAGGGAAGAGAGGCAUGGAGAAGUUAAGGGACUUGCUACAGGUAAUACAUGCAGUAAAUAGUUGAGUUGAAGUUUGUCUCUCAUAACUGUGCUCUAUCAUUUAAAAUAUCCAUUGGAAAACCCUGCUGAUUCAAGUCUGUAUGCUUAAAAAUUAUAAGAAUUAUUCACAUAGUUGAUAAUCAAAACAAUACCAAUGAACUAAGAUUUGGGUAGCUGUAAGUAGAUAUUGAAAUACCUUUUAAAUGGAGAAUGAAUAUUUUACAGCAUAAUCUGUACUUCAUCUUAUGGUUGAUAUUUGGUACUCUGGCCCAACCUCUGUGGCACACUAGUAACACUAGGGCCCUGCAGUGCCGAAAGCAGUCGGGGAUUGCCACUUAGAUCUCAGGUGAGCCUGGAAAUACACCCAGGUGUGCAUGCAGAUACCCACAUCCUAAAGAGCUGGAGGACUGGGGAAGGAGACUUGUGGCAUGACGAGAUCCUGUCAAGAGUACUUUCUAGCUUGCCUCCUCAUGCACACAAAUGCUUUUACCAUCGUAAAAAGAAAAAAAUUACUGUGCUUUGAUCAUUCCAAUAAAUAAGACUGAUGUAUUGUCAAGAGUAAAUUAUUUAUCAGUAAGAGGCAGUGUGUUGAGAUUUGAAAUAAAAGCAGUAGAAAAACCUUAAAUACCAGGUAAAUUGCUUGAAAGUACUAAAUGAACAUCUUUACUACAGUAUAUAACAUUUCAAUGACUACUUUUAUUUGUGUGCAGUUUUUCUAUGCCUUUGCUUGUUUAGACCAAUGAGGUAAUUAUUUGCUCUUUAAAAACGAUCCUGACAAAGUUUCACUCAUCUCUGAUCUUCCGAUUUAUAGAUUGAAAAUGACCCAGUGUAUUGUUGAAAUAGGUAGGAAGUGACUGUCAGAACACAAAAGUAACAUAUUACGAGACUUGAAGCUUUAGCUUAGUGAGUCCUUUGUGGUUCUUAGCCUUACUGUCACAGUGUUGUUCUGGGUAUUAAAUUGGAGGACAUGUCCCCAGGUCUCUCCCACUCCCAUUUCAUUUGUUUCCUUUUUAAAAUUCUUGAAACAAACAGUUCUCUAUAUAAUGACUAUGUUAUUCAAGAAAAUAGUUUCAGUUAGGUACUUUUUAAAAGAUGUAAAUUUUUUUAAAGAUGUAAAUUUUUAAAUUUACAAAUAACCUAACAAUCUACUUAGAUAAGCAAUAUGAACUGAAUUCCGAGUUACUUGUUAAGCAGAGGUUAUGUACCAAAUGUCAUCAGGUAAUGAUUUUUAGCCUACAACAUCUGGAAAUAGCAACUACUUAGCUCAAGUACAUAUAAGAGAAAUUAGUUUUGUUUCUUCCUCUUUUGUAAAAUCAGAUUUUAAAUGAGAUGUUUAUCUUAAACUAUUUUAAGGAAAAAAAUACUAUGUUUAAGAUGGUGGGGUAAAAAAGACGGUUAAAUAUUAUUUCUUUAAAAAAUUAUUUUCACAUUGAAACAAUCUAUUUGUGAUGUGUUUUGAUCAAAAAUAUAUAUGUCCACAUCUCCUUAUUUCAAAGUAAAAAUUUUCACUUGUCAGCUGGAAUUUCUGAUUGGAACAUUUGUAUAUUUUGUGCUUAAAAUACAGAUUUCACAAUGGAACAUCAAAAUUUAUCCUUAGAUAAAACCAAGUGAAAUAAAGUCACUCUAGAGGUAAAAAUGGCAGUUUCCAUUUUUUGAAACUGAUUUGAUAUGUUUAUAGGUCUUUUUGCACAUGCUUAGCACAGGCUCUAAGUUGAAGAAGAGAGUAUGGUCUGUAUUUAACUCUAAAAAUGUUCCGUAACAUAUUUACCAAGUCUAUGGCAAGUUUUUCAUAGCUAAAUUUAACUCUUCUAGAAGGAAUUUCUUGCCUUCUGUUUAAUUACAUUAAUUGAAAUGUGUUUAAGAGAAAUGUUUUCAGCAUAUUUUGUAUACUAAAAAAGGAUUCGUAUUGGGCCAAUGGCCAAAAGGUAAUAUUACUACUGUGUAGACUGUUACAGUUCAAAUUAUUCCACUUCCCCCAGAGUUUUAGAAACUAGAAAUCUGGGAGAUGCUGUAUCAGCUGUUGUUGGGUGAUUUUAAGUGUUCUAAGUACUCUUCAUCUUCUACUGAUUGUGUGAGAUGGGACAAAUACCAAGUUUUAAGAAUGUGUUUAUGUAAUGGUUGGUUUUAGGCAUAAAAUAUCAACAAGCCAAGCCUUGUGUAUUUUGUCUUAUAUUUUCUUUUAGAACUAAAAUAUUUCUGAAAAUGAUUUGAAAUACUCAUUUGACCUUCUUGGUCAGAAACUUGAAUGGUAACAUUACUAGACGCUGACCCUUCCUUCUAAUUACAGAAUAAAGAAUAAUAUAAAAUGUGA